AUGAGCUCGCCGUAUGAUACCAAUCCUGAACAGCAGGAAAAUAAUUUGACUAAUGUUACAAUUAUUCCUACUUUAACGGAUGAGAAUAACAAAGAAUAUGAAGAAAAAAAAGAAAAGGAACCUGAUUUAAGCCUUGUCAACGAUACAAACCAUACUGAAGAAGAAAAAGAAGCAAUUGAACCCCCAAGUAAUGAAUUUGAAGAUAAUUCAAAUGUUCCAAAAUUAUCUUAUUUAAAUAUAUUUUUACUUAAUCUCUGGUUUGGAUUUAAUGCCUGGGGCGGUCCUAUGGCUCAAAUAGCAUUAAUUAAAGAUACAUUAGUAAUUCAACAAAAUGGAUCACAGUGGCAAGAAGCUACUGAAUUAUGUAUGUUUUUUGGAUGCCUUUCUGGUGGUAGAUUUGGUGUUGGACUUGAUAAUGUUUAUUUUAAUGCAUCUUUUCGAGCUUUACAGCCAAUUGUAUCUGCAAUGGUUUUAAGAGCUACUCACAAAAUUGCUGAACAUGCAUUAAUAUCACAUACAUCCCAUCGUUUUAGUUAUUGGUUAUUUGGUAUAGCGAUUUUAGCUGCAGUUCAAACUACUGUAAAUUUUAAUUAUUUUAUAACAUUAGGUGUAUGUGUUGGUUAUGGAAUUUAUAUUGGAAUUAAUAGAGCUAUUCCAUCUCCAGCUUCUCUUGGUAUUGGUGUAGCUAAAGCUGAACCUGGUAGUGGACCUGAUCCUGGUCACACCUUUGCUUUGGGACUUGUUGCUGGCAGCUUAUCUUUUGGCGGUGCUUAUGUAACAAUACCAUUUUUACAAGCUGAAGCAGUAACAAUAGAACAAUGGAUGGCAGUGUCAACAUUUCUUGAUUCUAUUGCUAUUGGAAACAUAAUUCCCUCACCAACAGUAAUGUUCUCCACAUUUAUAGGUUUUCAAGCUGGUUAUCUCUGGGGGGGUCAUAGUAUAGGCUUUGGCUUGCUAGGUGGUUUACUCAUAGCCGUAGGAAUGCUUUUUCCAUGCUUUGUAUUUACAAUAUUAGAACAUAAUUUACUUGAAAAAUUAGUUCGAAAUAGAUUUCUAUCAGCAUUUUUUGAUGGUAUUUCUGGAACUGUUGUUGGAAUUAUUGCUGUAACUGCAAUGGAUUUACUCAAAUCUUCAAUAACAUCUACAACAGGUCUUGCUAAUGUAUCACAACAAGAUUUACCUAUUCUUCUAGCAAAAAAUAGUAGUAUUGCAGCCGUGUUAUAUAUUUUGGCUUUGGCUACUUUAUAUGGAUAUAAAAAACCAUAUUUAUCCUUAUAUUUAGUAAUUUUUGAACAUAAAAGUGAAGAUUGUUAUCUUAAUAAAGCUGAAAUUGAAAACGAUGAAAAAC